UAGAUCGGAACGUUAUUCACAUAUGUGUUACGAUGCAACGAUAUCCGGUUACGGAACUCUAAAACAAUUACAUCAUCCGUAUAUCCGGCACGAAAGCACCUUUAUGUGUUCCUCGUAGCGCAAUAUCAAAGGAUAUUAUAAAAAUCCAGUUUUCCCCUUACUUUCGAAAUAGCAAAAUAACAGGACAUCUGAUUUCUAUAGAAAUGUUUAUACGAAUUCUAUUGUAUAUCGUUGUAUACGCUACUGCCACAAUUACCGCAAUAUUUGAAUUAGAGCAAUUUCGAAACUACUUAAGAUCGCAAAGCAAGUCGUCUUGUUUCCCUAGCGAUAUAAUGUUACAAUAGCGACCGCAGGCGUGAUCGGGGUCCACUUAAUAAAUCGUAAUCAACAAUACGAUCUGGUUCGAUUCUUUAGCUCAACCUUCGACAACAGCCACCUUCUCUGGAAUACUUGAGAGCGCAUUGUCGAUGUUACUAAACCUCGCAGCAGAUAACCGGUUGCAACACGAGUUGAACCUGACAUUCCGGAUUUACGACAAUGUUUCGCACCACGAUGGAUGACUAUAGCGACUCAAGCAGCCGAUGCGUGUUUUCUUUAAGAAAAAAAUGUUACAUAUUAUUACUUAAUCAUAGACUAAAAAAACGAAUGGAAAUUUUCAACGAAAUGCGAGUACACGUACUACGUCUAGCAUGUAAUUGUCUUCAAAAGCAAAUAUCUAUCGAAAAUUCUUAUUUGACGAAUCGUCGUUGACGCGAUAAACAGAGAUAUGUAGAUACAUAUGCGAACUCAUUUUUUUUGCGAAUAUGACUAAAAAAUUGCAACAUGAGUGAGAAAUUGUUUUAUCCGUUUUAAGCAUUACAAACGGUACACCUACUUUGGAUAUUUUAUAUAUUUUUGCGUAUUAUGCGUAUUCUAUAUGCAUCUUCGCGUCUCUAAAUUUUUCCAAAUUUUUCCAAAAAACGCAUAGAAAUUCGUAGUCUACUGAUAAAUAUUUCAAUAAAUCGAAGAGGAGAACUCCCACUCCCAAACCGAAGGUAAACGACGUAGAUCUAUAUAAGCGACGCGAUUGAAAGUGUUAUGGCUGUUUUUCCUCAAUUUCUGAUAAAUAUGAAGAUCAUUUUGAACAGAGAUGUUUCUCCCGCGUGCUUCGCGUGUGAUUCUCGUGAGGAAGGUGUUAAUGCAAUUCUGUGGAUCUUUCUCAGUUCUUCCCGAAGCUUCCGUUAUCAGCUACGAGAAGAAAUCGUUGACGUCAUUCUCUUUUUAGAAAUUUGUAUUUAUUCGACGUCUUCGUCGAGAAAUUUAUACGACACGCAAGAAAGAAAAUACAACGUGUGGGUGUUAAAAGAAGGCGACACUACAGAUUUAUGGUAGUGGGGCGAGGGACUGCACACGUCUGCACACACUGUUAUUACACGGAGCUUUAUUUAAGGAAGUGAGAGACUUCGGGGCAGUAUAUGAUAAAACACGUACAGGUUUCCGCUGCAGAGCUCUUCAAGCGACGAACUGCUGCUCAGUCUCGCUGACGGGUCAAUAAAAUCUCUCAGCUCCUAUUAUUCUUCGGGGACUUUCGUAAAAAGAAAGCUAAAAGAAAUUCUAAAAGUUAAUACGAAGGUCCGAAGCUUCCCUUACGAUAUAAGAAUCCUUCGAUAAUUCAUAGAACACGAAAAUUACGAAUGUUAAAAAAAGCUAUGAAAAUAUUAUCAUUAUUGAACGCUCAAAGUAGAAUCCUUGGAAAGAAAGUGGUCCUACAGUAAAAAAAAAAGGGAAAAAGAAAAACCGAUGUAUUUCAUGUGAAAUUAAAAAUUCCGACGGAAGAUACUAUUUUUCCAAUCAGCAUGAUACGUCAUCCAACUACCGGCAUUGUUUUCACAACUGUUCACCACGGUAUAUAAUUGACGAAUCGCGAAAACGUCCAUCAAUGCAGGUCGCUCCAUCGACGAUGAAGAUAUUCGUCGCCUGUUUCGUCAUCUGGACGUUGAUAAACCAAGAAAUCGUACUCGCGAGCGGCAUCGAAGCACAGAAUCAGGAAAAUGAUGGCCAAGUAGAGAACGUGAAGUACAUACUGCCGACUACGUUGGAUGGUUUAUCGUACGAGAGCGAUGGAAAGACAGGGGAACGAGUCGAGGCAGAGUCGUCAUCGAGCAGAGAGACAUUCGCGUCGAGUUUCUCCUCUUCGUCUGCGCGAACAUCGUCGAAAAACGCGGCGUCAUCGACAGCGCUUUUAUCGGCGUUGGAUGAGAAACUCGACAUCGGCGAAGAGAAAGCGUCGUCAAAAUUAAGAAGUGAACCUUCCAGCGAAGUUCUGAUCGCCGAUGGAUCGCUUUCCAAGGAGAAAUCUAUCGGAGCUGAGAUCAGCGAGGAAUCGAGUUCUAAAGUCGAAUCCAAUUGGGAGGGCGUCCAGGAGGAAUCGAACAGCGACGAACAGAAUCGAAUUGUUCAGACGUACGUGAAGAAAGGGCCGGUUAAGACCUGGAGCUGGAGCAGCGUGGGCAAUGAGUCGCAGAGUUCCUCCAAUGAGGAAAUUGAGCUUCUUAAAGAAGAAAAGUCGAAGGCGGAAGCUAGGAUCAAGUUGGAAGCGGAGGCACGAGCGAAGGCCGAGGCGGAGGCAGCGGAAGCUCGAAAGUUGUUGAAGUCUCAAUUGAAUGCCCUGAAACAGGCUCAAGCUAAAGCUCAGGCAGAAGCAGAGGCUCGAGCACAGGCAGAAGCAUUGGUCGCGUCGGAAUCCAAGGCUUUGGCUUCCGCUCGAGCAAUAGCUAAGGCCAGUACCGAGGAAGCUGCACAGGCACAAGCGCAGGCGAAGGCGGAGCAACAAGCUCGUUCCGUACUGCAGACUAAACUCAUUUCCAUCCUCGACACGCGUACUCGUACCAACGAAGAGGAAAUCGCAAUCACGGAAGAACUAAAGGAAAAGGCGAAGACCUCGGUGGAAGCUUCUAUAGCCGCGAGCGUGGCUGCCAGAGAAGCUGCUAAAUCGAUCAGGAUCGCGGCCAUGUCUCGAACGAAGGCCGCCCUUAAGGCUUUGUCGGCUCAGAAGGCCACCGUUAUCCAGGCAGUCGCUUCCGCCAACGCUAGAGCCGCAGCUAGCGCUUUGAGCGCCGCCCUCGAACAGGCUAUAGUUUCUUCGAGAGCUGCGGCUUCUUUGCAAACGGAAGCUUACGCCAUAGCUCGUAAAGUCGUACAGGCAGCUGUGGCUGAAGGUGCUGCCCUGGACUAUGCGAAAUACAGAGCUGAAAUACGCGAGAAAGCGAUCGCGAAGGCGAAAGCCUCCGCGGAAGCGGCUGCCUCCGCGGCUGCCGCUGCAGCUGUUGCUUCUAAUCAAUUGGCAAGUUCACAGGCGAAUAAUCUGAACGCUGCUACCAAACUGGCUGCCGCCCAAGCAACUGCGGUCUCUAGAGCGGAAACCGCGUUGUUGGAAGUGAAUGCAGCGGCCAAGGAGGAGGCGGCCGCCAUGGCGAGAGCAGAUGUUGAAAGUGCUGCUCUUGAAGCUGCGACCGCGGCUCAAGCGAGUGCGCUUCAAGGUGUAAGGGACGGAAUUGUAAUAGGAUUGGAUUCGUCCGCUACCAAUCUUAACGAGCAACAGGCGGUAGCCUUAUGGGAUGCAUCCGCCAAAGAUGGGAAGAAGGCAGAGAUAACAGAGACAUCAGACAGGCGAGCCAUUAUUUUCACAAUUGUCGGCGGUGCUAUAAAUCCGUCCAUCCUUGCACACCCGGUAUCAAUCCGCGAAGCGUCGUCGAACAUGAAGAUUCCAGCACUGCUCGUAACGUGCCUCUAUCUUUGGGGCUUCGCGUCCGCCAGCCCGAGCUCAUCUCUGCUCGAGAUCGUGCAGGGUAGCGCGUCGGCCACCGCAUCCACCGCUGUGACCGCUAGAUCCGGACUUCGUGCCGGUCAGGUAGCCCUGGCCUCGCAGAAGGAUGCCACACUUCAGGCAGAUGCCUCAGCGGCUGCCGCGGCCGCUGCACGCGCUUCCGCCGACCAGUCGGCCAGUCUAGCCCAACAGUCGGCGUCUUUGCAGUCCAAAGCUGCCGCCAGAGCAAAAUCAGCCGAGGAGUCAGCGGCAGCUACGGCCAAAGCCGAGUUGCAGGCAGAAUCCACUGCUGCAUCGGCCAGUUCCGCUGCCAGAGAGGCUGCAGCGUCCGCGAAGGCCUCCGCAUCCGCGAUGUCAUCGGCUGCCGUGCAGGCGAAGCUCGCCGAAAAGACGGCCAAGAAUCAAGCUCUGGCUUCCGAAGAGGCCAAACUCAAGGCAGCCGCCGCUGCCAGCGCAGCAGCAGCAGCCAGCGCCGCCGCCGAGAUAGCCCUGAAAGCCGAGAAACUAGCGGAAGAAGCCAUCGCCAAGGCAGCCGCUGCCAAAGCAGCCGCCAGAGCCGCUGCAGCCGCGUUAAACUCCGCGAAGGAAGCCGCCACGAGCAGCGCAAGGAGCGCCGCCGAAGCCGAAGCUAGGAGCGAAGUCGCCCUACUGAUCAGCGAACUCGACAAGAAGAGCAGGGAACUCGCCGCUUCCACGUCGGCCAAGGCACGCGCUGCUGCCGCGGCUAGCUCCAGAAACAUAGAAACGGCUGUUGCCGGAGCUAACAUCAAUUUAGCCAAAGAGAUCUUGGCGGUUCCCAUCGAGCCAGCGAAACUUCCGGAGCCAGGGCUGGCGUUGAAAGAAGAGACUCCAGUACGGAACAUCCUCUCCUCCAGUAACCCGUUGAAACAAUAUUUUAGGGUGGCGUCAGAACAGACGCGAAUUUCGUGCAAAACACCUGCUGUUUUUACAAUUGUCCGGACAUCAGUAUAUAACCGCGAAUGCUGUCCGGAAUUGGCAUCAAUCAGCGAAGCUGCGUCGAACAUGAAGAUUCCAGCAAUACUGGUUACGUCUCUGCUGGUCUGGGGUGGUCUGGCCGAGGGCCACGUGGUGAAGCGCGACAAGGAGCUCAAGGCACCCGCGCCUUUACCAGAACUACUCGGCGAUGGGUCUGACGCGCUCGGUGCCUCGAUGGAGAACGGGAUCAAAGUCGCCAGAGCAUCGCAGAAUGUGGGCCUGAGCACGGAGUUGAACGCAGCCGCGCGGGCUGCAGCCGCUGCUGCGACCAAGCAGGCCAAAGACACAGAGGCCGCGGAAGCUGGUGCGGGCGCUGCGAUUGCCGUUGCUAUCGCCAAGCGUGAAGAGGCUAUCAAAGCGAGCGAAUUAGCCAGCAAGCUGUUGACAGCCGCGGUUGGGUCCAGCGAAGCCGCCGCGUCAGCGUCGGAGAGGGCGGCGCAAUUGACGGCCGCAGCUAGUGCAGCUGCCAAAGCUUCUGCAUCCGCCUCUGACGCUUCUGCCGAAGCCCAGGUGAGGGCCAACGCUGAAGCAAACAUCGCCAAGAGAGCUUCGGCAGCUGAAGCGAAAGCCGCAGCGGAAGCCUCGCUUAAGGCGGAACUCGCCAAGAAAGCGGCCGCCGGUUUAUUAGCUAAGGCUAGACUAGCGGCCAGCGCCGAAUCCGAGGCCACUAAACUCGCAGCCGAAGCGGAAGUAGCACUGGCCAAGGCCAGAGUCGCCGUCGAACAGUCGCAGAGCGCACAGGCAACCGCCACCGCUCAAGCUGCCACGGCCGUUCAGCUGCAAUCUCAAGCAGCUAACGCGGAAGCCUCCGCUGUAGCACAGGCUGAAACUCUGCUGGUCACGGCUGAAGCCGUCUCUGCCGCGGAAGCCGAAGCCGCGACCAAAGCUACCGGUUGGGCAAAGAACGUCAUCAACAAGAAAAAGUUACUUUUAGCGAAGAUCGAUUAAACGAGAGACAAGAGAAUUGGUAGAUGGUUAAGCCAGAGCAAAGGUCAAGAGACGAAAGACAUUGUCGAUGGGACAAACGCGACUAUCUUUGAUAAUUUGGUUAAACAUGAUGACUACUGGCGGAAUAAUAUGAAGGCAGAUAAUGAUUAGCACAACUGAGAUUCGUCCGUGUAUUGUUUUAGUGGAAAUAAAUUGUCGUAGCAACCCGAAAUCUUUGCGAAUGCUUUCUUCCUUCCCUGAUUAUAAGCUCUCCUUCCAUAUUUUGAUUCUCUUUCAUUUGUUUUAUAUUACAAUGAAACGAUAUAUAAUAGAAGUAUCUGAAUCUUUCUUCUUUGAUGAGUUUUUUAUAAACCCUAUUGUUUGAAAGAAAUUAAUUAAAUACGAUGAAACAAUUUAACGUAGUUUCAUAAUAUAUGUAUUACAUAAGUAUAUGAGGAAGUUUGAACGAUAAUUAUCACGUAAUUACAUUUGAACAUGGUGAAAACAAAGACUUUCCUCGCAUAAUUUUUUUAAAUUCUACAC